CCGGGCAGCGCCGCUGUCGCCCCGGCACUGAGCGCUCGCUCGCACCGGAGGCAGCGCCGCCCGCCCGUGGCCCCGGUGGUGCCGAGAGAUGGAUCUGCUCUUAAGUAAAGCUGUGCAAAAACUGGGAAGUGCUACAUCAGAGCUUUUGAAUUUGGACCACUUCCAGGCCUGACAUCCAAAAAUUCAUCCCUAUGGGUGGCAAAGACAAAGAGGCUGGAUGCAAAGGAGGAAGCAUGGUAAAGGCAGCAUCUUUCCAGGAUUCAUGGGCUCUUUGAGAGAUGAUCAGAGGGAGGCCAGAUGAUCUGCACAACACACACACCACUGUUCCUCGUCUGCAAAGGCAGCAUCGGAGCGUUCUCCCCAGCCCCGCGCCACCUGGCUUGCCCGAUCGUUUCCGGAUGUUUCGCAGCUGCGAGUGGGAAGUCCUGGAGCGAUCCCUCAAUAUCCUCCAGGCCAGUGACUUCUACUGGGGCCCCUUGUCUGUGGGGGAGGCUCACGCCAAGCUCCAGCGGGAGCCUGUAGGCACCUACUUGGUGCGGGACAGCUCGCAGGGGAACUGCUUGUUCAGCCUGAGCGUGCGGAUGCCCACGGGGCCCGUCAGCCUUCGAAUCUCUUUCCAGGAGGGCUAUUUCCGCCUCAAGAACUGGUUUUCAGACUGCGUGGUCCGGCUGCUGGAGCUGGUGGUAGCGGGGACCCGGAACAACCCCUUGCACUUUGAUGAGAUGGGGGGAACUCCCCUGGUCUUCUCUGAGCCCUUGUGCCGGAGCCGCCGGGCAGUGCCCACACUGCGAGAACUUUGCUGUCGGAGCCUCCCUGCCGGUGCCAUGACGGGGGAUAGAGCAGGGCUGGGGGCCUCCUUGGGGAUGUGUCUGAGGGAAGAGGUGUUCUCACCCCUGGACAGAAGGGGAGGGUCAGAGGGGAGCGUUGGUCCCAGCCCCUCUCUGUCCUGGGCUGGGAGAUGAUGCCAUUCAUAUGGGAGAUGAAGGGAGAUGCCUCUUUUAUGGCUGUGCUGAUGGGAUGUGGGUCACACCAGUCAAGCUGGACUGGCUGCUGGGAGAGAAAGGGGGAGGGCAGAGGGAGCAGAGCUUGAACCCGGUGGCUGUGACAGAUGUGUCCUCAUACGUACACAAGGUGUGUGACUUACCCCAGACAUGCCUGGGGUAAAGCCAGACCUGAAGAGCAGACAUUUCCAUCACCAAGUCCUGCUCUUUGCUCCAUUUAUAACUUAAAAGCUUCAGAAGGAGGUGAGUUGCCUGUCCUCCCAGGUCAGCCCUGUGUUCUCUUCUACCCCAAAGUGCUUGAGCUCAUUUCUGCUUCAAAUCUGCCCUUGUGAAGUGCAGCUGAAUCCAGUCCCACAGCAGUGCAGCUUGGACAUCGAUGGGCGUGACCCUUGUGCUGACCCACGAAGAUGUGGUGGAGCAAGAGCAAGUUUCACUCGUUGCAGCAUGGAUGUCAUGCCUGUUACUUCAGAGGCCGGUGUUUGCACCAGAGUGAAACCAUUGCAGCCGUGUACGAUACAUGCAGCUUCACUGGCUUUUGCAUUGCUUUAUUUGAUUGGAUUUUUGGGAGUGAAGAUGGAUUAUGCUGUACUUAAGGGCAUGGCAUUCCUGCAGAGGUAACCCUGGUCUGGAGAGUCAUAUCUGCCCUGGGAGGGUGUGAAGAGAUGGGAUCCUGCACCCUUUCUUAAGCUCAUCUGAUAGUGUGCUGCUGCCAUCUGUCGAGCAUCAGAAGAUGUUUUGGUUUUGCCUCUGAAAAGGCAAAGAAUUUUUUAUAUAAAACUUCUAAAAUUUUAAUAAAAUUUUUAUAUUGAUUUUUAAAAGUCAGUGAAUACAUGGCGAUAACUUCAUUCCCUUGUAAUGUUGGAAGCCCAGUUAGUUUAGUGCCCAGGCAUGGUAAUCAAGCUGAGACUGAACAAGUUAAUUUCUCAUAAAGAAUAAAAGCAGAGCAUAAAAGCAGAGUAGUCCUAGCUGGGAACAUUAAACUUAAAUUCAUCUUGCAGCGUAAUUAAUUGAAGAAAUAUUCUAAACAGAGAAUACUUCUGAAAAUCCCACCCCUGCAUUUUUAGAAAGUUUUUUUAGUACCUUAAAAUUUGUACUGGGUGUUUGAAAAAACCAGUAAUUCCAGAUCUUAGAACAGGGCACAGCAUCAGUGAACUUGAACUGGUGAGUAUGAGUACAAAUGGGAGGGGAACAGAGUUGGCUUAAAUAGGGUCAUGGUUCAUUUCAGGAAUAGCCAGGUAUGAUGUCUUCAAAAUAAGUGAAUGAAAACCGCUACAUGGAAGGAGAAAUUCAGGUACUCUAAAAUUUGAGUCAAACCAUUUUACAUGCUGCUAAACAUCCAUAGCUGGGCAGGCAGCCUGCUGUGUUCAUGCUGACUUUCCUCUUCAGACCUGUAUGGAAGUAAAAAGCUGAAGAGGGGAAGAGAGCACACUGAAUUUGCUCUAUUGUCUUCAGGUGUCUUAUCUGAGGAAUUAAAGCGCGUGGUCAGCACAGAGAGAGAUACAGGCUGUGAUGCAUCACAGGAGCCUAACUUAGACACUCUGAAUUAUUCUCUGCAGGGCUCUGUUGCUCUGCUGGCGGUGAGGUGCCUGGUUGACUGGCUCAGGGCAUUGGCUUAUGAACCAAGGUAGUUAAAUGAGUGUCAGGGAAGUGGUGAUCUUGUUCUUGCUGCCUGCUCCUCCCAGCUGCACGGAGGCCAGAGGCAUCUCAGUGGCCCUGCAGCUACUGCAUCUCUCAGCCCAGUGCAAAAGCAGGAGUUGGGAUUGUUAAUUUCUGCAGGUUUGCGUGCCGUGUGGCAGCUGAUACAUGGGCGUAGCGUUGCUUGCUGCUAGCAUCUCAGGUGGCUCUGGGCACCUCUGGGACUGUUCCUGGCACUUGAGUGAAGCUCCUGCCUCGGCAGAGUCAGCCACACAGCUGCCCUCCCUCUCUGCCAUGGAGGAGUGGGACUGAAUCUGCUGGCCCAGGCAUUAUGUCCAUCCCCUCAAUCCUUUUCUUUCUUGAGGGUGUCUGCUGAGGUGCCUUGGUUGCCUUCCUGCCUUCCCUUCAGAAAGCAGGGGGGUGGAGGAGCAGUAUAAUUUCUUCCAUGUUUAGAAUCAAGGUCGGGAAUGCUUCUGUUUUCUGGCCACGGUUAUACCUCACUGAGGGAAGAGCUUUCUAACCGUAUUGCUCUGACCUGGCUGUGAACUGUUCUCAUUUGGCCACAAAUAAGCAUCUUGGGUUGUAUGGCUAGGAGCUGCAGAAGAGCCCUAUUUGCAGCCUGGAUUGCACUUUAGGAAAAUCACACCACAGGAGAAGGAAAUAGUUUGGAUUUUAAUAAAGUCUACUUUAUUUUGUUCCUUUUUUUUUUUUUUUUUUUAAUUGCACAGCAAGGACUUGUCUCAGUCUUACAAGUAAGUCAAUUCCAUGCAGGGCUGCAGCAAAUUGAUUUGAGAUCUGUGGAUGAAAAGCAGUGAAUUACUGCCAAGCAUUGUUAUAUCGUGGAAGUUGAAAGCACAUCAUGUGUGAGUAUCCUCAUUAUUCCCAAGGAGAGGUCAUUUUGCAGAUCAGGAUUGGUGCAAGAAAGGAAAUCAAUGUAGAAAGAACAGGAAAGUGAAAAGUGCAUUGGCUAAGGCAAGCGUUAGAGUCCUUCAUUCUCUGCUUGGAUGCUGGAAGAGAAACCUUUUUCUUUCAGCUCUUGAGAAAAAAGAUGUACAAAGCAAAACUGUAAGAAUUUACUUCAUCGGGUUACACUAUCCUGCUGCUUUCAUGAGAGUGGGAGAUGUUCACUUUAAUGACCCUGCCUCUGAACGGGUCCCUCUGUCACGUAGGAGUAGCUCCUGGUGGUCUGUAUCCAAAUGUUUCUUUUGGUGGCUCCUAAAGGGACUUAAAAAGAAAUUGCAAACUUCCUCACAACCUCUUGAGCACCAUUUGGGGAAUAGAAGAAAAUUGUUUGCAUUUUUAUAUGUUAUGUUAUACAUUUCUCCAGCUGACUCAUUUCAGUUUGUCGAGGAAACUUACACAGGCUUUGCAGAUGGUUUUUUUCAAGUGUUCUUCCUAACAGCAGAAGUUGAAAAGUUUAGUGCUUGCGAGAAGAGGGGCUUCCUCUACCAUGCUGUGAAGGGCCUGGAUUUCAGUCCCAAUAUGCUGCAGGCAUCCAGCAGGAAACUGCUCUUCGUCUGCUCCCAGCUAGCUGUCUGUUGGUAGUGCUCUGGGGCCCCAAGGGUUAAUUUCCCAAAAUUCCUCACUGGAACUUGCUAAUAACUUCCAUAUGUACCCAUGUGUGUGCUCAGGAGGGGCCCCACAGCCAUCAGCUCUUGUAAUAAUACUUGAUUACCUCUGACAUAAGGGUCUGUAUGUCAUUAGGGAUCAAGAUUCACCAAAAGACACAAGUUUGUGCAAAACCACUUUAAAAACAUUAACAUUUGGUCAUCCUCAGUGAUUGGGAAAUGAACUCUUCUUAGGUAGUCAAGCUUCAAAAUUAGUCUGUGUACACACAGCUGGAUCUCAGUUUUGACCCUCUACCCUGAUAUCCCUCUGAAAAUGUGUGUUUGUGUCAUUAGUCUUUAAGUGUGCUAAACUCCUUAAUUUACAACACACCUUGGUUCGGGGAAUGUGAUGGCUUUGUCUGAUUGAGUUCUUUUUGUCCCAGUUCCUUAGGUGUUUGGCAUCUGUACAGUUAAAACUGCACGCACUGGAGCUUUCUGGCUGCCCUGUGCCAUUCCCUAGUGCAAAGGCUGGGCUACUGAGGGCAGCCUUCAGAGAGAAAGCAGGUGUCAGAGGGAGAUGUGGCAGAGUUGCUCUGAAACUUGUGAUGCCUCCCUGCAGAGCUGCUUGGGUCUUGGCAGGCUCCUGCUGCCUUCUGAUCUCAGCUGGGGCUGGCGGAGCUGGGGUUUUGAUUCAGGCAAAGCAAAGUACUUCCAAACGCUUCCCGUGCAAGGGCUGGCUCAAUAGUAGAACUCUUCAGCCAGAAAAGAGAUGGCUGAGGUCUGCGGCAGAGAUCUGUGAAGCCCAAAUGCCACAGAGUAGGUGACCAUGUGUUUUCUUAAAAAUCCAUGGAGGUGUCUGAUGAAAUACUCAAGUUUAAGACUCAAAGGAGACAUUUCUUUCUUGUGACUUAUAGUAGCCUAAGCUGUGGAAAUCUCUGCCACAGGCCACCAGCGAGGCUAACCUCUAUGUGGCUACAAAAAGGGAUUAAUGGUGAUUGAUGGAGUACCUCUGGAGGAGGAAAAGUGGAGUUGGGAAACAGGGGAGAGGCAGGAUCCAGGUGGAGCUUUGAGUUCUGUGCCUUGUUGGACAGACCUCUGCUAUGGCAGGAGUGUGGGAACAAGCCAGCCUAGGCUCAGCCUAGGCUCAGCCUGAGGCUCAGCAGCACAGGGUGCAGCCCAGGCCAGCUGAGCCGGUGGUUUGGCCAGGGACAGCUGUGCUGAGCUCCCAGAACCUGUGCUGGGCCUCUCAAGACAGAGGGGUCUGCACCUGGCAGACCUGUACACCCACCCCUGCAGUGCGGUUGCGUGUCCCAGCAGUCUGAUGGCAGCCCCAAAGGGAGCAGCCCUUGGGCACUUCUUCCUGGCUUUCACAAACAGAAAAAUUGGGACACCCAUCUGAUGCCUGGAGGCAAGCAUCAGCACAGGCUGAGGAUAAAAACAUUGCCAUUAUUCAGAAUGAGUGAAAGAGCCUGAACUGACAGCUGAGGGCAUUGGGGGAGGCCAGCAUCAGCCCGAGGUGACAGCUGGUUGGGGCAGAGGUGGGGGGUCCCAGCCUGACUAACUGCAUGUCAGAAAGGAGCUGCAGAGCUUUGAGAAGCAUAGCACUGGCAGUCUCCUAGGUUCAUCCAUCCCAGAGCAAACAACAUGCAUACACUUUUAAAGAUUUUUGCCUCCUGGGCUACCUGCUUUCCCAAGACACCACCCUUGCCAUCAGAGCUCUCAGUCUUUGAGCUGGUCCCAGGUGCUACUGAAAUCAAUGACCAGAUUAUUGUUCCCUCUGAAGAUUUUGGAUUAGGCCUCCCUGUUUUGUCAGGCUGAUGUGAGCAAAAUGUGGGUUUUCCGCACUAAACGUAAUCAAAACAAACCCUGCUCCCACUGGCUUGUGCAACAAAUCAUGCUGGGGGAAUUGCUGGCAUUCGGCAUGAUUAGCCCAAGUGCAGAUGCCUUCCAGCUUGUAAACAAUAGCCUAAAGGAUUGGAGAGGAUCACAAACAAAGCACUUACAGACAAGACAGCAUUUUCAAAAGGGACUUGAGAGCUUCUGUCCAUUGGGGGUUUAUCUUUUAAAAAUAAACUAGAAGUAAACAAAUUGACAGAGAUGGCUCUGAAGAAUCUAAGAGAAUGAAAGGGAGGAGACUGGAUAUAACACUCCAAAAAUUAAGUAGGGGAAAACUAGACAGGGCUAAUGGAUCCUCUUAGACUCCUCAACAAGAUGUCCCACAGCCUUAGGGAUGGGCAGACACUGGAAACCUCAUCUCUCCCUGUGAAUGAGGCCAGGUGGGAUGUGUAAGGGAUGCAGGAGAAAACCCUUCUUCAGUUCAUAGGAGAAAAAAAAAAUCCCUAAAAAGCAGUGAGAGCAACAAAAGAAUCAGGCAACUUGUGCUUGUUUCAUGGUGAUUCAGUCUGAAAGAGACAUUCGUCUUCCUUGAACUGCAAACUAGUGACAAAUUGCUGUGAAUUUCAGACUGAAAACUGUUCAAGUCAUGUAAACCAUAGUUUUUGUGUUGUGCUCUUAAUAAUGUUUUUUAAAAUUUCAUUUUCAUAUAGGGUUUUUAAGUAUGGGCUGAAUUAUUUUCAAUUAUGUCUCAUUUCUCCUGGCCCUGGCAGAGUGAAGUAGCAAGUGCCCAGCUUCACACUCAAGAGCUCCUGCAAGGGGACAGCAAGGUUCGUGACACUGAUGGUCGCUCAUUUAAUGACAUGGUGAAUGGGAGCUGUGGCGAGAGCUUGCCAGCGUCUCUGUAACUGAGAUGGUGUUGCAAGGAAUGCUAAAUCUGGAAAGACGGGAGCGCCCUUCACGCUUUCCCUGGUUCUGUGCCUGCUGGAAACACACAGUUCAUCCCUCUGUUUCAAAGGUUCAGGUAGCAGCCAUUCUGAUCACAGAGCAUGAGGUAUUUACCAGGUCCUUGCUGCUAGACUUUCAAUGCAUCUAGAGUUGGUUUGGGACUCAUGGAAUCUCAAACCUAGAAUAAUACAGGUGCAAAUCCAGAUGCUCUUGGUAGUAUCCAGCCUCCAUGCUCUAAGUGCUUCAGCACUACGGUUGUACGUUCUGCAGUACUGAGUUAGGAAGGACUGAUGGUUCCUUUGAUCCUUGGUCUUCUCUAAGGAGCGCACCAAGACAUUGGGAUGGGAGAAUGGGGUGGUGGAGAACAUGAGCUGCAGAUCUUUUCCUGCUCUUCCAGACUCUGCAGGGACUCAACCAGAUAUGAAGGCAACUCUAAUGUACGUGCUGAGAUACCUAAAAUAAGCCAUGCAAACAAAUCAGUCGUAUGUUAUCCAGAUGGGACUGUUCAAAUCCAGUAAUAGCAGUAAAGUGCUCCCAAACUCUGCAGAGAGAGAGAUUAUAGAAGGAUCAGGUAUAAUUAUAGUGCCUUAUUAUUACCAUUCUCAUCAUUCUUUCUAACAAAGCUUUUCAAUAGGAUGAAAAAAUUUCUUGCAGGAGAUCCUAAUGUGUUUGCUGGCAUUUUUUUCAUUCUUCCUUCUAAGGCUGUUCAAGUCAGCCCCUGUAAAUGGUGUUAAUAAAUAUCAUAAUGAUCUUGGACUGUAUUAUCUUUCAGAUGAAACCUUCUUUAGCAUCUUUUUAUGGCCUUGACUGCAGCAAACCCUUCUCCUGAAACACCUCAUUGUUGCUACCACUACAGAGAGCACCAGCAAAAAUGUCCCAGUGCUGCUCUGAUCCUUGCCUUGAUCCAAGCUCUUCCAAGCAGGGUUAAGUAAUACCUUGAAAUAUUAGUGGCUUGUCUAUGUACUGCUCCAUAUAUUCCACCUGCAAUAUAGGUGGAAUCACUCAGCAAAGAUUCUCUACUUUGGAGAAAGUCUUUGAGCUGGAGGUAUGUAUCUGCAAGCUGUUCUUUCCUGCUUGAGUCCUGUCUCCUCCAAACACCAUCAGUGUUUGUGAGAAAAGCCUGGGGUUAUCAGGAUCAGACCACAGGCAAAAUGGAUGCAGGAAACACACAUCCUUGUCUGCAGGUUGGUCCUGUGGGCUGGCACCACUCAAGAGAAGGAAAAAAGCUCCCUGGUAUUUAUUCAGCAGCAUCCCUUUCCAGAUCACUGCAGAUCCCUGGAAAUACUGGCGUAAGAGCCUGACAGCUCACCUUGGAGGCACAGCCCCACAGCAGCUCUGAAACCCAGUGUGGACUUCCCAGGGAGGGGAUUUCUAACAGGAGGGAAGUCCCAGGCAGCACUUCCCCUUCUGCAGCUCUGCCAGCUUAGGGAGCAACUUGCUAUGGGGAAGAGCUGUCAGUGAGCAUGGGGACAGUAAAAACUCUACCGACACAUCUCGUUCUUAAUCUGCAGCACACCCUGCACUGCCAUCCUUGUGGCCCUGAUUCAGUGAAUCCCUUGCAUCUCUCUCAGCUUGGGGACAUGCCUCUGCCUGUGUCAAGUAUUGCAGUGCAGGACAGCAUCUCUCCCAGGCUCCAUGUCUCCAUGCCCUGCUCCACCUGCAAGUCCUGGGCAAGCCAGGAGGAGAGGUGAUGCAGUUUGAACAGACGCAGCUGACUUGGAGGGGGAUGGGUUACGUUUGUUUCUUGGACUGGGAGGAAGGGGUGGUUUGCUGAAAUGGGUCUUUCUCCUCGCAUCUCUCCUGAGCACCUUGGCAGAGCCUUGCUCUCAACUCAAUGAAAGUAGGGCAGAGUCUAACCACAUUUCAAGCUGUCUGCGUUUUUGGAUUCUCGGUAACUGUGAUCUCUAUCUGUUCCUAGAAAAGAUUUAAACAACUUAUAAACCACAGCUGGAGAGAUAAUAAAGGAAGCAGUACCGGGGUAGGGAAGGAUCUUCCCAGAGUGUACAGAGUGAGGAGAGAGUGGUCUGCAGGAGAAACCACGGGCCCAGCUGUGGUAGAGGGUCUCAGCAUGGCUACUUGGGCUGUAGAGGGACACAGAGGGGCUGCCUCAAGGAAACCUCAGCAAUAUUAGUAGCUAGGUAUAAAAUAGGGUAUAUGUAUAUACAUGCAUAUAUAUAUAUAUAUCUCUAAAAAGAGCAAGUGGAGAUACAAAAGAAGGGGUCUGAACUCCGCUAUGGUGUCCAUACAGUCUCACCUCCGUGCACUUUUCCCGCUGGGGUUUGUGUCUCCAUGCAGACAGGAUAUGCUUCCUCUUGUACUCCAGGGAUUUUUGCAUCUCAUCCCUGUGCGACCCACAUCUAUCAUCACACAGUUUUCCAAGGAGAGGACACCCCUUUCCAUUGGAGGGGUUGGAGUGGGUUCAGGCUCAGUGCCUAACCUCCAGGCCCACAGAGAGGUUCACAAAACCCCUCCCAGGUCUCCCCAUGGCCUAUGGCAGCCUUGGAUGCUUCCAGUGCGCUCAGCAGUGGUCUGUUAGGGUUUGAAAAACAAAACCCAAUGAUGUUUCUCUUGCAUUAGGCCAAAACUACAGAUCCUUGUCCUGUAGUUCUGUCAGCCAGGAAUGUAGACAGCAGGUGGGAAAUUCAGGGGUAGGGAGGAAAACAGAAUGAAACACAUUUCUGUAUUGGCAAAAAUCCUAGCAGAGAUGUGGUUCUUCCAGUACAUGCUUUUGCCAGGAUCCUUUAUUUAGUUUUCAUAGCCAGAAUAGGGCCUGGUGGCAAAAAGAUGUUUUUCCACCCUAGGAGGGUGUGCUAUUACAGCUGUAUCAGCCUGCAUAUUCUCCACAGUUCACAAUCAAAGCAAAGUUGAGGAAUUAAUAGAAAGAAAAAACCAACAUAUUCACUUGCCAAUGAGAUACUUAGCUACUUAAUCCUUUCCCAGCUUUCCUCCUGGGAGCUGGCAGAAGCCUAGUGUACAUGAGGAAGGCUGUGCCAAUCUAAAGCAGGGUGUGACUGCACUCAAGUGUCCUCUGUGGGGUUCUAUGCUGGUUCCCAGGGCCAUUGCAGGUGUGCUGUCGGUUCUACUUCCCAGUGUCCUGAGCUGAAAAAGGAAGACAUUAAAAGGAAAAGGAAAUAAAAAACAAAACCCAGAUAAAAGGGAGAGGAGGAACAGGGAAAGGAAUGAGGUAGUUUUGGUGAAAGGGAGUGCAGGGACUUCUUGAACAAGCUCAGGUGGAAGUAGCUUAGAUUCAGAGUCAGCCAUGGGGCAGGCCUGGGUACCUGGGGGCAGUCAGAAACUGUUGCCAGGCUGCAGGGAGCUGGAGUUGGCACAGCUGGCUGGCUCAAAGCAGGGCUGAGGCCCAAGCAGUUUUCCUGCACAGACAAGACCAGAAGGGCCAUCUGGCAAGGCCAUUGCUGGCAGGGACCAGUCCUGUGGCUCCCUUGCAACUGCUGCCAUCUUGUCCAACAUGAUCCUCCCUCUGUGUGCCCUGCACAGGACCCAGCACCUGCCAAACUUGCCUGCCUCCCACCCUUCACCCCCAACGGAGGGGAUGCACAGUCCUUCACUCAGGACAGUUUCAGGGCAUGAUGUGCACACCUCAAGGCAUGGAGCUGGCGAGCAGGGGCUCAGGAGCUCCUGGUUUAGGAGAGCACUGCUGGCAGCAUGCCCUGCUCCUGCCCAGCAUCCCACCCCCAGCAUUUUUGCUGCUAAUGUGAGAAAGUUUGGGCUGGCCUGGUCAUGGC